GCUUCAGGGUUUCAAUGAUCUCGUGGGCGGAGGGAUGCUUGGCUGAGAGCCUGAGGUCCUGAGUAAAUCAAGGCAGUAAAAAUAAAAAAAAAAGGAAAAGAAAAAUAAAAUAUAAAUGAAGUGAAUGAUAUAUAUGGAUUUCGUAGAUGUAAAUAAAAAAAUGGCGCAAUUGUUCUAUCUGCAAAAUUUAAGAAAAUCCUUUCAAAGAAAAAAGAAAAUCCAGUCAUCUUAGUUUCUGUUUUUCUUCUUUUAAAAUCCUAGACCUGAUAGGACGUCCUAUUUUAUUCGAUUCUUCCUCCGCUCUGCUUUUGCUUCUGAUUCUGGAAAGCUUGCUUAAUGACAGAGAAGAGGAGAUAUUUUCCAUUUCAGAGAACAUAGUACAUGCAAUUGAAUGAAGUCUCUUUGUAUGGGAUGGAAGGAACAGGUGAAGAAGUGACUGCAAAUGAUGCCGUGGAAGGUGUACACCUCAGAAGGAAAGAAAACGAUCAUGCUCUGAAACCAAGCAACCACAAUAUGUUGGAUCCAUCCACCAUGUUUAUAUCUCUGGGGAGUGGUUGGGCCGAGAGCUCACCCCAAGGAUUUACAGAUGCUUUACAUAGUCGGAGCUUAAACAGAUGUGUAAGCUCUUUAGCUGGAUCAGAACCUAUGUGUGCUAGCCCUCAUUCUAUUAAUGAUGCUGGAGUAAUGGUUGAAGAAUUAACAUUGAAUAAUUACAAGAACCCAAAUUUAUCUGUACAUGAUAGCUCAAACAAUCGGGAAGGAACAGUGGUUAGGCAGGGCAAGUGGCAAAUCCUGUAUCAGUUAGCAGGUGGGUUGGGAAGUGAGAGUUCACAUGGACAUACGGUGUCCAAAGACAAGGAACCAGUCAUGUCAAGUGGAGAAGAGGAUUUUGGUAGUAUGUUUCUCCCAGAAUUUUGGUCUCAGAAGCACCUGCCCUAUAAGCAAUCCAAUCAGGAAGGCAAUGAGAUCUCUAAACAAAAUGGUAAUGACAAUGCUGUCUUGAAUGAUGGACUACUUCCAGGAGGCAUUCGGACAAAGGUUCUAUCUGCAUCUGGCUUUUCUCAAUAUUUUGUCAAGAAUACCUUAAAGGGAAAGGGAGUUGUAUUUAAUUGUCCAGAAACUCGUGAUGGUGUUGCUGCCAUGGGCCAAUUUAAUGAGAAGGCUGCUUACGUUACUAGGGUAGCUUCUGAUCCAUCACAUCAUUCAAGUGCAAAAACCAGAGAUCCACCCCCACGUAUUGCUGCUGGGGCUGGCCUUGAUUCGUUUCAUGAUGAAACAAGUUUAAGAGAGUGGCUGAAACCUGGGUCCUGUAAAAUAAAUAAAGUUGAGAGUCUCUAUAUAUUUAGGCAAAUUUUGGAGCUGGUGGAUCACUUGCACUCCCAAGGAAUUGCCUUGCAAGAUAUACGGCCAUCUUGUUUCAAAUUAUUGUCUCCAAAUCGGAUCAAGUAUGUUGGUUCGCUGGUUCAGAAAGAACCAUUAGAGAGUGUUAAGGAUCAAGAUAUUCCCUAUCCAGAACAUCCUUCCUGUAGGAAGAGAUCCUUGGAUCAGGAUUUACAUGCAUACAAUGGUUUAAAUAUAAAGCAUCAAAGGUUGGAUGAGAACAUGGCAUUUGCUCAGCAACAUCACCGGCUCCCGAUUAGAUCUGGCUCCAAGCAUGAAGCAGUAAAUGGGCUUGAUGUGAAUAAUAUAUGCAUGCAGGAAUCUGGGUAUGAUUUCAUUCGAUGGCAUAACCCAAAUACAGACCAGAAGACUCUAAACAUGCCUGGAAGCCCAAGUGUAUCAAUUACAACUAGACAGCAGCUACUUUCUGUAAAUGUUCAGUUGGAAGAGAAGUGGUAUACUAGUCCAGAGGAGCAGAGUAACAGGGGGUGCACGUUCUCUUCCAACAUCUACAGCCUUGGAGUUCUUCUAUUUGAGUUAUUUAGCUAUUUUGAAUCACGGGAAGUGCAUGCAAAAGCAAUGUUGGAUCUUCGCCACCGGAUUCUUCCUCCAAUCUUCCUGUCAGAAUAUCCCAAGGAGGCUGGAUUCUGUCUUUGGCUUCUUCAUCCUGAACCUUCAUCCCGGCCAACAACAAGGGAAAUUCUACAAUCUGAUAUGAUUUGUGAAUCUCAAGAUUUAUCAUCUGGAAGUGAAGUGUCAUUAACUACUGAUGAAGAUUAUGCUGAGUCAGAAUUGUUACUACAUUUUCUCUUAUCUUUGAAGGAAGAAAAGCAGAAGCAGACCUCCAAGUUAUUUGAAGAUAUCGGAUGCUUAGAGGCGGAUAUUGAAGAGGUUGAGAAAAGGAACUUAUUAAGAACAACUGAUAUUCCUUUUCAGAUGCAUAAAAGUUUCUCUAGUUCGAGGGAAUUUGGAUUCCUUCUUAAAGAAGGCUCAGAAACACAUAGCAGAGUACCUCCUGUAUCAAAUAGGAAUGAGGCAAGGUUGAUGAAGAAUAUUGACCAGCUUGAAAGUGCUUACUUCGCUAUGAGAUCCCAAAUUCAGUCUCCAGAAGCAGAUGCCUCUGCACGCUCUGAUAAAGAUCUACUAAAGAACCGAGAUAGAUGGUUUUCAGAACAAAAUGGUAAUGAUGAACUGAACCAGGUGCCUACUGAUCGUGUUGGAACCUUUUUUGAUGGUUUAUGCAAAUAUGCUCGCUAUAGUAAGUUUGAAGUACGUGGAACAUUAAGAAAUGGUGAUCUUCUUAAUUCUGCAAAUGUGAUUUGCUCUUUGAGUUUUGAUCGGGAUGAGGAUUACUUUGCUGCUGCGGGGGUUGCAAAGAAAAUUAAGAUAUUUGAAUUCAGUGCCCUCUUGAGUGACUCUGUUGACAUCCAUUACCCAGUGAUUGAGAUGUCAAACAAAUCUAAGCUCAGUUGUGUUAGCUGGAACAACUAUAUCAAGAAUUACUUGGCUUCAACUGAUUAUGAUGGUGUUGUUCAGCUAUGGGAUGCAAGCACUGGUCAAGGGUUUUCUCAAUAUACAGAGCACCAAAGAAGGGCUUGGUCUGUUGACUUCUCUCAAUUAGACCCCACAAAGUUGGCUAGCGGAGGUGAUGAUUGUUCAGUGAAGUUAUGGAGCAUUAAUGAGAAAAACAGUAUCAGCACAAUCAGGAAUGUGGCCAACAUAUGUUGUGUUCAGUUCUCUGCUCACUCCACCCAUUUGUUGGCAUUUGGUUCUGCCGAUUAUAAGACUUAUUGCUAUGAUCUUCGGAAUACAAGAAUCCCUUGGUGUACAUUGGCCGGGCAUGGGAAAGCUGUUAGCUAUGUAAAAUUCCUAGAUUCUGAGACCCUUGUUUCUGCAUCCACUGACAAUACAUUAAAGCUCUGGGAUCUCAACAAAACCAGUUUUAGUGGGUUGUCCACCAAUGCUUGCAGCUUAACCCUUGGUGGUCACACUAAUGAGAAGAACUUUGUUGGUCUAUCAGUUUCUGAUGGGUAUAUAGCUUGUGGUUCAGAAACCAAUGAGGUUUAUGCAUAUUACAAAUCUUUCCCUAUGCCAAUCACUGCUCACAAAUUUGGUUCCAUUGAUCCUAUUUCCGGCCAAGAGACUGGAGAUGACAAUGGACAAUUUGUCUCUAGUGUCUGUUGGAGAGGGAAGUCAAACAUGAUAGUUGCUGCUAACUCUAGUGGAAGUAUAAAGUUGCUGCAAAUGGUAUAAGGAAGAUGUACUUUUCCCCAGCUGUGCACAGCUUUUUGGUCCUACAAAUUUGGGAGUCCCUGGGGCUGGGGUGAAACAAACUUCACCCCAAACAAAAGUAAUAGGAAAACAGAUGUGAGAACUGAGAGAUUGACGACAGAAGCAGAAGAAAGAUGAGCCACCAGGUAUCUUUGUGAUUGUAAUUAACUGCUGUUUGGUUCUCCUUGUCCUUGCUUAUCAAAGAAAAUAGUCAGCUUUGUCAAACCAAUUGCUCAGUCGAUUAUAACAUCUUAGCUCCAUACUGAGCUCCUAGGUUUGAUUAUAGAGAGGCUUGGUGCAGUUGAAUACCUCGUGGCAUGCAGCGUCAACCCUGGAAGACAAUACCAGAUGGGGCUCCAGUAAAUCUUCAUGGAAAAUUAUCCAGUAUCUUCAAACCAGGAGUUAAGGUACAACUGCAAGGUUCUUAAGCUUUAGUGCCAUCAGAUUAUGUUGCAGAAUAGCAAAAGGCCUUCAAGACAUGGUUGAAGCAUUUGCAUUGAAGUUGUUUUAGACUCUGGGUUCAGGCAUUUGCGAAGAAGUUGCACAAGAUCCUGGACUCAAGUCUGCGAGACAGAUGUAAUGGUUACAAGUUGAGCGUUGCCUUGCUUGCUAUCCAAUUAAAUGUUGAUUAUUCAACAACAAACUAAAUGUUGAUGGUGCCAACGAAUCAUAUUGGGGUGAUUGAAGAGCUUGGAGCUUUACGUGACAACGAUAAUACCUGUUUGACACAGCCUGUAAAUUUGUACAUUUAAGCGGAUUAACUGUGCGGUCCUUCAUAUUUUGUGGUAAGAGAAUGCCUGUUUAACAUACAUUUCUUCAUGAGGAUUAACUGACCCUGUUAAACAAUUCAAAAAGAAAAAAAAAAACCACUUAACAUGUAUCUAGAUAAAUUAUUGUUGAAAUUUAUAUACAUUA